AUGGUCAGAGACAACUUUUCCGUAUCGACAUGGCUGGCCAUUGGAGCUCUUUUCCAGUCCGCUGCAUACUCAUUACUCGGACGAACAGCUUUCUUACCAGCUAUUUGUUUGUUACUGUAUCGGAUCGCAGACGCCUAUGCCAUUAAGACCGGCCUUAAGCAUAACCAUUACCUGGACGGUGUGAUCUUGGAUCACUACUCUGCCCAGUUUCCUGGAGAGGCGACAAACGGUGUAGAAUCUCCAGCAGAGUCGGAUGUGUGUGUUUUCAUGAUCGGUUCCAAAGUCAACCACCCCUUUGGAUUGUUCGCCCCUGGCUACAAAGAGUUGGGCUCCCAGUUCGCAACCAUGGUUAAGGAGAUUGAAGCAAACAAGGAACAACACGGCUUUCUUGGAUCGAGGAAGCUCGUCGGAGCCGAAUCAGCGACGAACAACGAGACAAUGACGAUCAUGUACUUCAAGACAGCCGAGCAUAUCCAGGCAUACGCAACAGGACCUCUCCAUCGCAAGUCACUGGUGUGGUGGGCCAAGCAUGCAGCUGAGUAUCCUCACCUGGGUAUCUUCCACGAGACGUAUCAGGUGCGAGCCAAGAAUUGGGAGACAGUGUAUGCGCAUACGAAGCCCAUGUUGGCAGGAGCAAUCCAGCACAAGGUGCAGGGAAGCUUGUCGGAAAAGAGCGAAGAGGAAACAGUGUACAAGCACUCGCUCGUGUAUUCUAAGGGUGUUCUCAAGACAGCCGCGGGUCGCAUGGGCAGAUUGCCGGGCACUUUCGAUCGAAGCCUGCUGGAGGUGAAGGAAGCUGGAAAGGCAGGAGCCAUGUCGGUCUGA